AUGGCCUUUUACAAAUAUGUUGUAACAGCGCAAAAACCUACUGCUACACAGUACUCUGUGAAAGGCCCAUUUACAGCAAACGAUGAAAUGAAUCUAAUAUUGGGGAAAGGGACACGGAUUGAGAUCUAUACACUGACGCCCGAUGGAUUGAAACCAACGUUAGAAUUUACAAGUGGAGAAAUUGGAGCCACCGGUUCACCUUAUGCAAUAUCUCAAGACGUCUUUGGGAUGUUUGAUCCUACCUGCAAAUACUUUGCAACGGCACUUAACGAAUCCAUGGUGGCAAUAUCGAAAUCUGACGCGUUUAACCAGCGAAGCAGUAGUAGUAUUAACGGCGUUGGUAAUACUAUCAACAAUGCAACCAACCCGCAAGGACGUCGAAGUUCACUCAAAGCUGCGAAGGCUCGUAAUAAGAAUCAACGACAACAACAACAGCAAAUCAACUUGGGACUGGGAGGGAACAAGUUGGUCUCUAUGGCAUUUUUACAUGAUACUCAGGUACCAACGCUCGCGAUAUUAUACGAUGACCCAGACGACGAGAUGCGACAUGUUCGAGCGUACGAGCUGGAUCCGACCACGCGCGAAUUCGUACCCAAAGAUGAAAUGAUUGAAGAGUUUCCGUCAAGUUGGAAUGAUAAUUUUCUGGUCCCAUUACCAGCUCCCUUGGGCGGUACCUUGUUAGUCGGCGAGGCAUCCGUUCAUUUCUUAAAGUUAGGGAAGGCACCGCGCGGCUUGGGGAUUAACAAAUGCUCUAUAAACUGUUAUACUAUCAUGGAUGAAAGCGGAACAAGAAUUUUGCUGGGUGAUCAGGCACAAGGCACUUUGCACUUGCUGCAAUUGACUUUAUCAGAAAAAGAACCGAAUACAGUCGAACGACUACAGUUUUCAGCAUUGGGAAAGGUUUCAACUCCAUCUUGUCUUACAUACCUUGACAAUGAUGUUGUAUUCAUUGGCUCUACCACAGGCGAUUCUCAACUAGUGCAUCUGGAUAUAUCGCGUCGAUCACCGGAAAGAGACGUGAUUGAAGUUAUUGAGGAGUUUCCGAAUAUCGGACCCAUCACCGAUUUCUGUAUUGCAGAUUUGGAUAAGCAGGGACAAGAUCAAUUGAUCACUUGCUCAGGCGUGGGUCGUGACAGCUCACUUCGGAUCAUUCGAAACGGUGUUGGAUUGAACGAACUGGCAACAAUUGAGAUAAGUGGUGUGAAAGGCAUCUGGGGCUUACGACCAUCGCAUGAUGAUAUGCUAGUAUUUUCGUUCAUAAGCCAAACUCGGAUAUUGCAGCUACGAGGGGACGAAAUGCGUGAGUUAUCAACAUAUUCUGGAUUUGCUUUGGAUCGACAGACAUUAGCUGCUGGCACUGUCAUUGGCAAUCGUGUUAUUCAAGUAACGGACUACAGUGUGAGAUUGAUGGGGUGUGGGAUGGAUAGUCCCUUGCUGGACGAAUGGAUACCAUCAGACAUGUCGCAGAUCACCGUAGCAAGCGUCAAUCCUUCGCAAUGCGUUGUGUCUACCGGUUAUGGGCGUCUCUAUGCGCUCCAAAUUCAAGACGAUGAUCGAUUACUACAAAUUGGAGCGACCCAGUUAGAUCAAGAAGUGUCUUGUAUCGACAUCACCUCAUUGGAUUCCAUGAACCCAUAUACAGCAUCCGUGGUAGCCGUGGGUGUUUGGCGACAAGUUGGUGUCCGGCUACUAUCGUUACCAUCACUUGACAUGGUUGCCGAGGAAACGCUGGCAGGUACAGCCAUGCCUCGUUCGAUUCUCAUGGCCAAGUUUGAAGAUAUAUCGUAUCUGCUUGUUGCGCUUGGUGAUGGCCAAUUUUAUAACUACAAGAUGAAAGAGGGAGGACAGCUUUCGGAUGAGAAACGAUCCUUUUUAGGCAAAAUGCCGAUUUCUCUCGGAACGUUCUCAUCCAAUGGCACGAUGCAUGUUUUUGCAGCUUCAGACAAACCAAGUGUGAUCCACAGCCGAAAUCAGAAACUCAUUUAUUCCAAUGUCAAUCUCAAGGAUGUCCGCUGUGCAACAUCUUUCAAUAGCCUGUCAUUCCCGGAUGCAGUGGCUCUCACGACUAAAGAUGGGCUGAUUAUCGGACAAAUGGAGGAAAUUCAAAAAUUACACAUCACCAAAAUACCCACCAACGACACACCCCGAAGGAUCGAGUACCAAGAAUCGUCAAGGACGUUUGGCGUAGUAACGUCUACAUUAAUACCAGGAACACGGCUGACUGCAAAAACCACAACGAGUGCAUUUGAAAUUCGGGAUGAGCAGAAUUUCAAAGUCAUUGACCGAGUCUAUAUACAAAACUUUGAGCGAAUAUUAUCUUUAACGAAUAUGGUGUUUGAUAACGAUGGUACUGAAUACUAUGUGCUGGGCACAGGCGUCAUGGGCGAUCCAUAUGAAAGAGGAAGCACAGGUCGACUUUUGGUAUAUCGAAUCACGCCUGAACGGACAUUACAUUUAGUCAACCAGUUCCGAACAGAGGCCAUGGUUGAGAACAUUCGUCCAUUCCAAGGAAAAUUACUUGCCAGUGUCUCUGGGACAAUACAUUUAUAUCGAUGGGAACUCGAAGUAAGUGGACGAGGCCACUUGGCAUCCGUAUGCACAAUCCGUGUUCCUACCAUCAGUCAGUCAAUUGCUACAUACAACGACACCAUCGUUAGUGGAGACAUGCUUUCAUCGGUGGUUGCCAUUCACUACGACUCGCACAAACAGACCAUGAAACUUGCCGCACAAGAUCCACAGCCAAAGCAAAUCACAUCCGUUGAAGCUCUCAGUGAUGAUUUAUACAUUGCAGCAGCAGAAGAAAGCGGACACUUGCUCGUAUUGAAGCGCACCGACAACAGCAAUAACAGCAAAAAUACCGAAAAGAGAAAUGACAGUACCAGUAAUAGUGACACCAAUUUGGAGAUUGUAAGCCAAUGGCACUUUGGUGAGCGAAUUCAACGGUUUCGGACAGGUUCACUGGGAUCUCAUCCUUCGGACGACAACAAGCCAGUGGCACCAUCUUUGAUCUUUUGUACAACCAACGGCACAAUUGGCGUCAUUGCGGAUCUCUCAGCCGAUCACUUUAAACUGUUAUGGCAAAUGCAGAAUAACCUUCUCAAGAUUGUACCAAGUCUGGGUGAUUUGAACCACACAGAUUGGCGAAGUAUAGCAAUCAACGAUAUUAGAGACAAGAGCUCACAUUUUAUCGAUGGAGAUCUCAUCGAAAGCUUUUUGGACCUGACGCCGCAGCAAAUGCGAGGCGUUGUUGAGGGACAUAAUGGCGGUCGAAAAUUGGAUUACACAGUGGAACGACUCUGCCAAGUGGUUGAGGAAUUGAUGAGCAUACAUUCUUAA